UAAGUACAUUUUAAUGUUAGUUGACUUUGGUUAUUUAUUGGAAAUUACAAUAAUACGUUUAGCCUCUAGGUUCUAAAAUGACUACUGAUGUCUGUUCUAGCACAGGCCAGUACAGGUUGAUUGCUUGGAACCUGGUGGGCUUGGGUGUCCCCUGUGGGUGCAGGUGUGGCAAACCCAGCCUGUCUCCUAAGCUCUGUGACUUGGUAGGACCCCCCACCCAACCCAUGCCCCUUGCAGCCUCAUCCUGGCCUGGUGGAUGUUGGUAGUGGAGUGUGGGGGUCUCGCUCUUGGCUGUGGUCCUCACUCCCUGGGCACAGUCUGAGCUGGAUCCGGGAGCCCCCUCUGUCUUGUAGGCAUCUCCCGGUGGCCUUGCCCUGAGCAGGUGCAGCCACCCUCCCAGAGGGCUGAGGGCUCUCUCGGUGACCCACCCACUGUCCAGGUCAGCAAGCCCUGGCCCCCAGGGCUCUGGGUCCAGUGCUUCCCCUGCUGAGCUCUGAGCUCCCUCAGCAGACCAGAGCCUGUUGUCUGCUCACACGCCUGUCACCAUACUGCGUGGAGGGUGCUGGCCCCAGGCAAAGCUGGGCCAAGGAAGGGGGCAGUUGGGUGUCCCCUUAGUCUCAGGAGCCACUCUCUGCCCUACCUGGUGACCACAGUCUGCAGGAGGAGGUCUCCUUGUGUGCUUCACCUGGGCAGGUGCCCCUGUCCAUCACACCUUUCCUGUGUUAUGUGUGGUCCACGGCCCAUUCCUGUCUGCUACCAAAGGUCCUCUCCAUGCUGCAGGGCUUGUAGCGCGAGGUCACUGGGGACCAUGGUCUCUGUCACAGCUUGGCAGCCAUGCGAGGCUGAUGCUGGAGGGGAGCUAAGCCCACUCCCUCGCUGAGGGAGGAUGUUGAGGACCUGGUUUAGGAGUGUGGCUCCAAGGACUGGGCAAGGCUGAUCUCCUCUCCAUGUUGGACUGCAACAGUAAACAACAGACUCGAAACACAGAGCACACAUCGGAAUGAGAUCACCGAGGCUGAGACAGACACAGCAUGCUGUCUACAGCAAGCUGGGCAUCCUUAUCAUAUGCCUAUCUGGGGGUUGGCUCUUUCCUCGUCUGUGGGGAGGUUGGACAAGGGAGGAAGGUGAAGGAAGAGGAAAAGAGCACUGAGAGUGUUCAGAUAGUCAACAAGCUGGGGCCACACCAAAACGGAAGCAAACACACCACACAAGCUGGGAAAGAAGAGAGGAAGCCAAACCAGGAAGACAACAGUGUGCUCUGUCAUGCUGUGACUCCUGGGACCCGGCUAUAAAUGCUGCUCAGGGAGGAGGCUGCAGACAUCACCAACUCCUCCCAGCCACAGCCAUCUCAGCCACCAUGUGCCACACCAGCUGCUCCUCGUGCUGCCAGCCGGCCUGCUGUGUGUCCAGCCCCUGCCAGGCUGCCUGCUGCGUGCCUGUGAACUGCAGGCCUGUCCUGUGUGUGACCCCCUCCUGCCAGUCCUCGGGGUGCUGCCAGCCCUCCUGCCAAUCCUCCCUGUGUGUCCCUGUGAGCUGCAGGCCUGCCUUAUGCCUGGCCCCCGCCUGCCAGUCCUCGGGGUGCUGCCAGCCCUCCUGCCAAUCCUCCCUGUGUGUCCCUGCGAGCUGCAGGCCUGCCUUGUGCCUGGCCCCCGCCUGCCAGUCCUCGGGGUGCUGCCAGCCCUCCAGCCCCAGCCUCCUCUGCAACCCUGUCUCCUGCGGCACCUCCACCUGCUGCACCUCCUCCUGCUGAUGACCUCAGUCCUCACGCCAGCUGACCGGGACAGCUGCACAGACUGCUGUGGCCCACAGUCAGCGUUGCCGCUGACGGGAAGUCUGCUGAGCUGAGCCGAUGGACUCGGCCUAGGAUCCAGCAGAGGGGUCCAGAGCCUCCCUUGCCCUCUCACACCCAAUGGCUGCCCCUGUCCUCAGCCUCCCCGUGUCGUCCCACGGGAGCCCAAUAAAUCCACUUUCCCACUGCA